AGUGCUACCAUGUGGCAAGAAGGCUAAGAAGGCUGAGAGCAGGCUUUAUUGUCAACUUGAACACAGAGGCACACAAAUCUUACUGGGAUAGAGGAAAGUGAUAUAAAGGAAUAUACAGAUAGAAACCAAUCAACCCAUGAAGAGUGAGCACUCUCAGCCACCUACAAAAUAUUGUGGAGAAAAUGUAUGCUAGUCGAGAGGAUAUUGGAUAUGAUUUUGGAGAUGACUCAAAAGUUGGAAGUAAGCCAAUUAAGCCCAAUCCAAACAUCGAUGGAGGAUGGGCUUGGAUGAUUGUACUUUCCUCUUUUCUUGUGCACAUACUUAUCAUGGGAUCCCAAAUGGCCCUUGGAAUACUCAACAUGGAAUGGCUUCAAGAGUUCAAUCAAAGUCGUGGCUUAACAGCAUGGGUUAGCUCCCUCAGCAUGGGCAUUACACUUAUUGUAGGUCCUUUCAUUGGUUUAUUCAUUAGCAUGUGUGGAUGCCGCAAGACAGCUUUAAUUGGAGGGAUACUGAAUGCCCUAGGUUGGAUACUGAGUGCCUAUGCCUCAAACGUGCACUACCUCUUCCUUACGUUUGGAGUGACAGCUGGGGUUGGGAGCGGCAUGGUUUAUCUGCCUGCAGUGGUCAUGGUAGGGCAGUAUUUUCAGAAGAGAAGAGCACUUGCACAAGGACUCAGUACCACAGGAACAGGCUUUGGAGCUUUCCUAAUGACUGCCUUACUGAAGUACCUCUGCACUGAAUUCGGGUGGAGGAAUGCCAUGUUCCUCCAGGGCGCCAUCUCCCUCAACCUUUGUGUCUGUGGGGCACUUAUGAGACCGCUCUCUCCCAAAGAUGUUGUUAAUGAAAAAUAUGUUGUGAGAAGUAAUAUUGACGAUAAUCAGGCAAAAGCUCUGUCCCAUUCUGCAGAGACUAUAAAAUCUAAUGGAGUCCUUAGUGAAGAAUCAGAAAAAAAAGAAGAGGCAGCAAAUGAAGAAGUACUUGACAAUGUCCAGCACAUCGAAAAUGGAAGUAACUCCAGAAGUGGAAGGAAUAUGUAUGGAUUGCGCAUUCUAAAGACAGUGAGCCAGCUGAUGGUUACAGUCAGGCAGGGCUUUGCAAUAUGGUACUCCAGCUACUUUGGAGCUGCAUCACUGUUUACCAAUAGAGUAUUUGUCGCCUUUGUAAUUUGGGCUUUGUUUGCCUAUAGCAGCUUUGUUAUUCCCUUUAUUCAUCUACCAGAAAUAGUCAAGCAGUACAACCUCUCUAGUCAGAACCAUAUAUUUCCUUUGACAUCCAUUAUAGCCAUUGUUCAUAUUUUUGGUAAGGUGAUCCUUGGCAUCAUCUCUGAUCUCCCAUGUAUCAGCACAUGGAAUGUCUUCCUCACAGCUAAUUUUUCCCUGGUCACUUGCAUUCUUAUGUUACCACUAAUGCAAACAUACAUUAGCCUGGCUGUGGUUUGUGCUCUAAUAGGAUUUUCUAGUGGCUACUUUUCUCUAAUGCCUGUUGUGACUGAAGAUUUAGUUGGAACUAAACACCUUGCAAAUGCUUAUGGCAUCAUCAUUUGUGCCAAUGGAAUAUCUGCAUUGUUUGGACCACCCUUUGCAGGUUGGAUUUAUGACAUCACACAAAAAUAUGACUUUUCUUUUUACAUAUCUGGCUUGCUAUACAUGGUGGGAAUAAUAUUUUUACUUAUACAACCUUGUAUUCAAAAGAAACAACCAAGAGAAAAAUCUACAGAAGAAGCACAAGUAUAG